AUGUUAUCGCUCAAGCUUUGCAAAAGCCACCAUAACUCACCCUUCCUCUCAAACCCUCAUCAACUUCAACAAGCAGCAAAAACUCAAAGUGCCCAUUUUGCACCGUGCAAAAUACUGAGCCCCUAUAAAAGAAAACUUGGCGUGAGAGCAAGCAGCAGUGGACAAGGAGGAGAAGCAGCUGAGAAGAAAAGCAGCGAAAGACGACCUUUCCUAACCCUAGAAGAAGCUGGUCUAGUAGAAAUAUCUGGUCUCAGCACUCACGAGAGGUUCCUAUGUCGUUUAACGAUAUCGUCUUUGAAUCUGCUGAGAGUGAUAUCAGAGCAAGAAGGUUGCCCAAUUGAGGAGCUAAAUGCUGGCAAGGUAUGCGACUGGUUUGUGAAGGACAAGCUGAAAAGAGAGCAGAACUUAGACUCUGCCGUCCUUCAAUGGGAUGAUUCUUCCGAGCUUCUCUAA